AGCUAGACAACUCGGAUGGCAGGGGAAGAAGAGAACGACAUCAUAGUGACAUAUACGGUGAAAAUCACAGUCACGCUCACCGCCCCGGACACAGAUGACGAAGGUUCAGCUAAUAGCGAUGACGCGGCAGCAGAAACGAAAGACGACGGAGCAAAGGAGUCAGUGGAGAAAGACAAAGAAGAAACGAUUAAACGUUGUCGCGGUUCUUCUACCACCAAAAGCAGCCGCUAUGAAAACCAGAAACGCCGUGACUGGAACACCUUUGUCCAGUACCUCAAGAAUCACCGUCCUCCUCUCUCCCUCUCCUUAUGUACCGGUGCACAUGUUCUUGAAUUUCUCCGGGAAUUAUUAAAAUAUCCACCAAUUAUUUACUGGGUAAGGAUCGGCUUAAUUGGCCUUGCGUGUUGAAUUUGAAAGAUUGGCCUUCUUUUGAUUUAUGUCAGGAACUUUGAUCUUGUCUUAUUUAGGCUCUCAACCUUGCUAUGAAGUUGCCGGAUUAUUGUGUAAAGCCAGACACGGGUCAAAAACAUGUAUUUUCUUAUGGAUUAGCUUAGGAGUUGUGACAUGGUUGAUUAUGUGACUAAGCUCCAUUUUGAUGUGUGUGAUGCAGUAAGCUUCAAUUCCUGUCUUUUCUGGCUUGCUUUUCCAGAACUCCUGAAUAAUUUUCCAGAGCUUGUGACGUGGUGAUUAUGAGCUGAUUGCUAUACA